CCUCGGCGUGUGUGGCGUGGACCGCUGGUCAGGCGGGUUUGGGUUAAAGGGAAGUGGCUUGGAGGGAUGAGGAUCUAUCUUUAACUCGCUCAAUUACUCAGCGCUUUCAGCUCGGAAGGAUCGGGCUACCUUUCCCCCUGAAGGAGUGGGAGAGAAAAGUUUUUUUUUGAAUGUAAUGAUGGAAAACCAGACUGAGGAGAGGACUCCGCUGCUCCCGGAGAGACGGGUGGCUUCUGCCUUCCACGGCCGGCGGCUGGCUUGCGGUGCCGUGCUGGUGACGGAGUCCUUGGAGCGAAUGGCGUUUUACGGUAUCACAUGUGGCCUGGUGCUUUUCCUCAACAGCGAGCCCUACAACUGGCUAGGGGCCCAGUCGAGCCAGACUCUGCUGAUCUUCAUGGGCAUCAGUUACUUCGUGUCCCCUUUCGGAGGGUGGCUGGCGGAUGCGUGGCUGGGAAGAUUCCCCACCAUCCUCCUGAGCAUGAUCCUCUACCUGAUUGGAAUGAUGUUGUUCCCUUUUAUUUCAUCUGAUCAGACUCGACGUUACCUUUGUGGAGAACUAGAAUACUAUCCCAUCCUGGACCCCAAGUGCAUCAAUAACAGUUCCAGUGCUUGCGUUUUUCACCGCGAUGGUUACUGCCGACCGGUUAUCUACACGGGGCUGGUCCUAGUCGCACUUGGUGUGGGAUCUGUAAAGGCAAACAUAACUCCAUUUGGAGCAGAUCAGGUGAAAGAUAGAGGCUCUGAGGCCACACGUCGAUUUUUCAACUGGUUCUAUUGGUCAAUUAAUCUGGGUGCUAUCGUCUCACUGGCUGGCAUUUCGUAUAUUCAACAGAACUGUAGCUUUCUCCUUGGAUACAUUAUACCAACUGUUUGCAUGGGCAUUUCUUUCUUGGUUUUUGUAUUUGGCAAAUCAGUUUUUGUCUCUAAGCCACCUGAUGGUAGUUCCUUUACAGACUUAUUUAAAAUUCUUUUUUACUCAUGCUUUUCAAGAAAGCUGAAUAAUGAAGAAAACAGCAGCCAGAACAACGGGAUCUACCCAUCAACUGUUAAACCAGGUUGUCUGGAUCUGGCCAAGAUUGUAUAUGGUGGUGAAUUUCAAGAUAACAAAGUGGAGGAUGUGAAGACCUUUGUCAAAAUUAUCCCAGUGUUCUUAGCACUCAUUCCUUACUGGAUGGUUUACUUUCAGAUGCAAACUACAUAUGUUCUACAGAGCUUGCACCUUCGGAUUCCAACGUUUUUUGCUGAGUAUAAUAACAGCAAUGCUAGCAAUUCAUUUGCAAGCUGCAAACAUCAUAUGCUUCCAGCUGCUUGGUUCACCAUGUUUGAUGCAGUACUUAUUCUGGUUCUGAUCCCAGUCAAAGACAAAGUGGUAGAUCCCGUGCUAAAGAGGAAAGGCUUGCUGCCUACACCCUUGAUGAGAAUUGCUGUUGGCAUGUUUUUUGUUAUGUGCUCUGCAGUGGCUGCUGGAAUUCUGGAAGACCAACGUUUGAAUAGCCUGCAAAAUGGCACCAUUGAACAGCAGAUUGGGAAUGUAUGGUAUAAUGCUGCACCAUUAUCAAUAUGGUGGCAAAUUCCACAGUAUGUGAUGAUUGGGAUCAGUGAAAUAUUUGCAAGUAUAGCAGGGUUGGAGUUUGCCUACUCAGCAGCACCCAAAUCUAUGCAAAGUGCCAUCAUGGGUCUAUUCUUUUUCUUCACUGGAGUUGGCUCCUUUGUCGGUUCAGGACUUCUAUCCCUUGUAUCGGUUGACGGAAUUGGUUGGAUGAAUUGCAAAAGUGACUUUGGUAAUAUCAACAAGUGUCAUAUGGACUACUACUUCUUCUUACUAGCAGGUGUACAGUGUAUCACCCUGAUCAUCUUUAUUGUUGUUUCUGUGACAUUUGAUCGCAACAAAGCCAAAUCUGAUUUGCUGUUCAUCAACGGAAGACGAAAACAUGGAGAACUCAGGUUUAGUCAGACCAGGAACUGAAAAUGAGAACCACUGCAUGUGAAAGAAGACAUAACUGGGGAAAAAAUAGUUGUAAAUCCUUUCUUUGGGUAUGUGAUGGAUUGGGUAGCUUGCCUAUUGCAGAAUGAAACUUUGGGGAGUAUUUUGCCUGAAUGACCUGUAGGAGAUAGCGACACACUACAAGUAAGUACUGGCAGAUAAAGCAGGCUGUUAAGUUGCGAGUGUUGUUCCUGUUGGCAAGGCAAUCUUUUUUAAAAAAUUCUACUGCUACUUUAAACUUCCUGUGGUGAUUGAAGGAAAUCCACAAGGCAUGCUGGAGUCCAACAAAGUUCUACUAAACAGUCUACAGUUUUAAAUUUAUAGACUACCAGUAACUUUUAGCAUACAUAUGUCAGUAUUAUUUUUCACUUCAAAGAGCUGGGUAAAUUUUUUUUAAAAGUCUGCUGCUUGUGUUAUGAAGAUGAUUUUGUUAUUUUAAUCUUUGCAAGUAAAUGCCAGUGAUGCCAUUUUAAGUCUGCUCACCCCAUCCUUAAAGUUCAUUUAUUGCCAUUUAACUAUACACAUGUAUACAGCUAAAUGAAACAUCGUUCCUCUGGGGCCAAGGUACAAAAAGCAGUGCAUGUAGUCACACACAGUACUUAUAGUUACAGUUUAGUACAUACAUUCACAAAAUAAUAUCAGCACAAGUCCCUGAGUGGCGUGGCCUGGAGAUUGAUAAAUUAAAGCAAAUAAAAAUAUAAUCACAAUCCUAUUUCUUCAAAUCAUGUUGACAACUGGAAAAUGCAUCUUGCUGAUAACCAGUUGACUGAUAAAUGAAUAACUAUUAUAUAUUGAAAAGCAAUAUGAUAAAUGCUAGUUUAUUAUCAUGUCUUAUCAAAUGCCUGUAUAACAGAUUUACAUCUUGUCAUUGGGUUGCAGUAUAACCUUUCUCAUAUGCUUGAAUGGAAUUCUGUGCAUUCUGUGCAUUUAUCCUGUGACUGAUAAGUGAGCAUUCAUGACCGGUAUCUUUUAACUAUCAUUUUAAUAAUAAUUGAACUGAAUGAGUCAGAGGAUGCAGAUAUACAAUACCAAAUAAAUGAAAGGGCAAAGAAGCUUAUAUGUAGAUGUUACCAAAAGUUAUGAAAGGAUGCUGUCACUCUCUGAAUUUUUUUGAAUUUAAAGUAGUUUCUAAAUGAUAAAUGUUAAAGAAUUCUUAAUGCAAAUAUUUUUUGAUUUUGAUUUUUAAAUAUUGAUUUUCUGCACUCCCCAGGAGAUCUGAGGUUGCUUUAAGCAAAGUCAAUGUAAUUGGACAUUUUUAAUAUUUUCAAGCAAUAUUAUUGAUCCAACAUAGUAAAUAGUUAUCUAGAUGGCCAGCAGAGUGGAAAUUCUUUACUGUGAAUAUGAAUUCUUAAUGUCUAAGAAUUUGGUCCUUGGGUUCAAGGAAACAAGUGGUGCCCAGUUUUCUAGCAUCUGUUUGAAGAUCAACUUCCUUUAAAAGAUGAAAAGUGUGCUUGGAGAAUGAAUUACAGUUUGAUUACAUUUAAAAUAAUUUGCAUUUUAUAGUUACUACAGGCAGGCAUUUCAAGAUUGCGCAAGAAGGAGAUCUUGGGUGUGGGGCGGAUCUGAAAAUUGAAUCAGAGAUUAAGGAAGGUAUUUGAAGCAAUAGAACUACAAAUGGAACAUGGUUUGUGAGUGUGGUCAUUCUAAAGCGAGAAAAGGGGUAGAAUAAAUCAGGAAGAUAUUGUGACAUUAGAUAAUUUUACAUUUUGAGGCUUUAGAGUAGGGAGGGUUUCCCGCCACGAACCCCUUGCUGUAAUGGUAUUGGUCCGUGGCAUAAAAAUGAUUGGGAACCCCUACUUUAGAGUAAUGGAGAAAGAGAGGGAGGGAGAAUGGAAGCUGUUCAAGGGGAAAGCACACAUGGACCUGCGUCAAUGGCCAACAGGGGAGGUAAAAAUGGUGCAUAUAGAAAACUGCAAGGCUUUUUGGGAGUCAUGCUGUCCUUUCAAUGAGACAAAGUACCAGGUGGUAGGACCCGCUCCUGGGGGUUGAUGUGGCAAGUGUAAGAGGAAAGUGUAACACAGUGCCCCUCUGAGUCUUCUCUGCUGAGUACCUCCCCAGUUCUUGUUGGACUGAGGAAGACUAUCAGCCACGAGGUAACACCAAUAGCAGAUAUAAACCUUCUAAACUACUAAGCACUUUUUAUAAUUUUUGAACUUUUUUUUCCAUAUUAUUGUUAUUAAUAAAAUGUCAGCUUUUUCCACCGUUUUCUCUGUCAUCUUUACAACUACAUUGCAAUGCUCUGAAGUUUCAUCCUGCAGGUUAAGUAGGUCAUUAGUUACGGAGGAAGGAGAACCAUAAUGUGGAAGUGGAAUCAGAUAGACACUGUGAAAAAGAACCUGGACUGAGAGACUAUGUUUCAACUAUCUUUUUCUUUGAAGAACUGUGCUAGCUAGCUGGAUAUAGUUGCUCUUCCUCAAGUGUUUAUAGAUGUAAUAUAUAUCUCAUUCAAGAAAACACAGACAUAGUGGAAGCCAGCAUGAUGAGGAGAUUAACAGUGUGCAAUGAAAACUGAGCCCAUAUUUUUGUUGACUUCAAGGGGCAGGUGAGGAAUAGGUGCACUGGGACAAACAAAUCCAUUUUAGAGAUAUGGAAUGAAGCAUCAGAACUGUGCCGAUUGUGGCUGUAUUGUUGGAGUAAGAGUGUUUCCAUUUUUUUUUAAGCCCCUUCAUGUUGCCUCAGUGGAUAUGAUGCAUUUCAUUACCUUACUUUUGAGGUGCAGGAAAAUUGUCCCUGACUGACUAGAUAGACCUCAACCAACAUCGCUGAGUAGAUUAUAUGACCCUUAACACAUUGUUGUUUGUGGGUGCCUGUUCAGAAAUUGACACAUUUAAUAAAUGACCACAGUAAACAUUUUUUAAAGUCCUUUAGACUGAAAAUAUGAUGGAUCAAAAUAACAAUCGGUAAGCUUUUUAAAAGAUGGGGUUAUAAAAGCACUUUCAAAGGGCAGGGGAAAGAGUGGCUGAGAAGAAAAGUAAAAGCAAAAUGGUUCAUUUAGAUGGUGCAAAAAGAAAAUAUAGUAUGAAAGCUGACUCUUGAUUUGUUUCAACUGAAUAUUUGGCAGAUUUUCUCAAUUUUGUUAAUGUUGGACAUGUAAUAAAUUAGUUCCAACAUUGGUGUGAGUUUGAUUUCCAUUUCCAUUGUCACACUCAUUUAAUGCAAAAACUUUUCACUUUGUACAGUCACUAAUUUUAUCCUUUUCAUCCAGCUUCAGGACUCAACUUGACCACAGAAAAGU